UGGUUUUUAUUUUCAAUUUUUUUUUGUUUUGACAAUUUUUGCAUCAAUUUUCAAUCUUUUUCAACCAAAAAAAUGUUUCGUUUAUCUUUGUUGUUGAUUUUAUCAUCAUCAAUGAUGAUGGUCGAUUGUCGAUCAAUAUUCAGUGAACAACAAGAAGAAUUUUUAUCUGAAAUAUUUCCACCCGAAACAAUUAAUGUUCAACAAUUAGCCGAAAUGGCAAUGAAUCCUGAUGCAAUAACUAAUCAUUCAAUGUUAUUGAAUUUAUUUACACAGGCAAAUAAUAUUGUUAAUCAAACCGGUGCUGAUAGUGUUUUAUUGGAAAUUGAUGAUUUAUCCAAAAAUUCAUCAUCAUCAUCAUCAAAUAACAACAGUGUUAAAAUAUUGGCCGUUACCAAUCCAAAUGUACCAAGUCAUGAAGAUUUAAUGAAAAAAUUCAGAUUAUAUUUUGUUAAUUAUACUGAAGAAGAAUCAUCGAUUCCAUUCCCAACCAGUGAUGAAUCAAAAAUCAUAAAUCCAUUAUCAUCAUCAUCAUCAUCAUCGAUUCUUAAAUAUAGUCGACCAACUUAUUGGCAAAUAUUUGUUGAUUUUUUACGUAAUCAAGCUAAUGCUGUAAUCAGUGCUGCAAUGAUACCGAUUAAUGUUAGUGCUGAAGCCAUUCUAAAAUCAACACAAACACAUGCUGAAUAUGUUAUGUCUGGUUCAUCAUUAGGUUCAGUAAUAUCAGCACCGGUUAUAUUGAAAUCAAUAUCAAUACCAAAUAUUUUAUCACAAAAAAUUACCGAUAUUGCAUCAAAUCAGGUAAAUAAUUUAGAAUUAUUUAAUGAACAAGCAAAAUCAAUGGCCGAUAUUGGUAUACAAUCAUUUACAUCUGGUUUAAAUAAUGGUACACAAAUUGUAUCAAAUGUAACCGAUCAUUAUGUUAUACGUCCUAUUGGUGCAUUUACCGGUUUCAAUUUAAAUCUUACUGGUCAUCAUAUGACAAAUAUUGGCAAAUCAUUUUCAAAUACUGGUUUAAAUUUACAUCUAUUCGGUCAACGUGUUGGAACAAAUGCAAUUCAUUUAGUUAGUGCUGGUGCAACUGCUAUUGCUUGGGGAAUGGAUGAUACUGUUAAAUUAUAAAUUAUUUUUUUUUUCUCACUUUACUUAAUUCAUUUAAUUAAUUAUCGACCUUUGUUAUUUGAAAUUGAUUUGAUUUUUGA